AUGGAAUCAUGGCUCGACCCCAAUAGUAGAUGGCACGAUGUUAUUGUUGCACUCGUCUGGAUUAUUGGCUCAUUCAUAUUCUUCCGCGUAUUACAAUACGUUGUACGAUGGUAUCUAUUUGGAAAGUGCACCUUCCGGGCGUUCUCGUACUUUGGGCUCAGUGGACGGAAUCGGAAUAGGGACAGCAGUAGGGAUUUAACAGUUAUUCCUCCAAACAAGAAAUGGCGGAUAUCAAAUGAAUCUGUAUCGCUUAUUCACUCAGUGGUUAGCGGUCUGUGGGCCGCUUACUGUCUUUUGUUCUAUAAACGUUUAGUUGACGAUCUAAUCAACGAUCGGACCCAAAUAGCUCUUGAUUUGAUCUUCGUUUCUUUCGGUUACCUACUGCACGACUUCAUAGACCUAGUAGUGAAUGAGCAAUCUGCUCGCAUUAUUGAGUUGCUUUUCCAUCAUGUUGUGGUUAUAACAGGAUUCGUAGUCACUUUGGUUACUCACAAAUACCUCGGAGUGGUGAUAUUCGGUCUUCUAAUGGAACUAAAUUCUAUUUUUCUGCAUACGAGAAGUUUAUUAAAUUUAUACGGCAUCAAAAAGAAGUCGACGUCAUUUCGCCUAGUGGCUCUAUUGAAUAUCAUCACACUAGCUGUUUUCCGCAUCAGCGUGUCUGUUUAUUUAGUCUACUGGGCCAUAAUGCAAGUGCCCCUUAUUCCGUGGUUGCAUAGCGUUUUCUGCAUAUUCGUGAUUUUCUCCUUGUUCAUCUCGAACGCAGUUCUUACGUACAGAGUGAUGGCAGCUGAUGGUCUUUUCGGAGCUGCACGAGCUCGCAAACCACCAUUGGCACCUGUUGCGUGCGCCUCAGCUGAUCUCGAAGCGGGUGAACGAAAUGAUGCCGAAGCUGAAGACGAGGAUGAUGAGGAUGGCCAGCACGAGGUUGCUGUGCAAACUACAGAAGCUCGUACUCUUGUCGAUGACGUCACUCAAACGGUUGCUUGA